AUGAAAAAGGAAUUAAUACUCCUGGUGUGGAUUUGCUUCCUUUUUGCAAGAAUUAAAUUCGAAGGUUUAAAAAUAAACAGAAACGGAAGAAAGCCACUUUUUAGUUUAACCGGGUCAAGGAGAAACAGAAGCGGGAGAAAGCCACUUUUUAGUUUAACCGGGUCAAGGAGAAACAGAAGCGGGAGAAAGCCACUUUUUAGUUUAACCGAAAAAAAUGAAAAGAAGUUUAAUGCUAAUAGAGGAUCAUGUAAAAACAAUGUGACAAAUAAUACCCAUGGGAAAAAAUUAAACGAAAAAAUAGAAAACAAAUUUCUACAGUUUGAAAAUAGCAAAAGGACAUCCAUCAAUCCAUUAUUUGAUUCAAUAUGCAAACAUGUAAGUGUUAGUGAAACCUGCUUACAUAAUGUGCAGGAAUUUUUUAAUGAGAUGAAUUACAACAACCUUAGAAAUGGGAACCCCAAAAAUAAUAAACUCUUCUGUGGUGUACUUUAUGGAAAAUAUGAAAAUGAAAAAAUUGUAAAAAUUGAAAAUGUAUUUUUUUCUGUUAAUGGCCCUGGAAAAGCGUACGAUGUCCAUUAUCUUCUCGAUAGCGAAGAAAGGAAGAAAGCAGAUAAACUGGCAAAAAUGCUGAAUUUACAAGUCGUGGGAUUUCUUUAUGCUUAUCCUGACAUCGGUAUAGAUUUAAGUGUGUCUAAUAAAAAAAAAAAAAAUUUUAUAAAAAUAAAUAAGAAGAUGAAAACGCUUAAUGAUGAAGAAAACGAGUUGUUCAUACCCAUGGGAGGUAGGGAAGUUCUUCUCUCUCUCAUGUUAAUGAAGCAAACUUUAAGUCAGCAUGGGGAAUAUUCGACAGGAGGAGAAGGAAGAGGCGUUGAAGUGAGAAACGAAGGAGAAGCAGGAGGAGUAGGAGUAGGAAUGGGCGAUACAUCAGCUGAGAAGAAAAACCAUGAGGACGAGACAAACGAGUCAAACGGGUCCGAACAGGUUAAGAGAGAAGUGGAAAGAACUCCAAGUGAAAAAAAUUCUCAAAAAAGAACCAACCAUACAAGAAUGUCGACGUACGAACAAAAAAUGGGAGACCUCAAGUCAAAAGAAAGCAGUAGAAACCAGAAAGUGGAAAGGAAGAAAAAAAAAAAAAAAAAAAAAAUUCUCAACGUAAAGCCAUUUAUCACCCUUUCUGUUGGCAUGGAUAUAAACUCCAAAUCCAUAAUAGUGGAAGCGUAUGAAAUUAAUUACGAUUUGAUGAAAUUGUUAAAUAAGGACAUUAUAAAGGAUAUGGAAAAGCAGAACAGUAUAUUACAAUUUGAAAAAACGAAAGAUGAAAAAAAUAAGAAAAUAAAAAAUUUUGACAAUGAAAUAGAUCUUAUGAAUGAGUUAUAUUUAAAAUGUAAAAAUAAUAUUUUUAUUAAAAAAAUUGAACUGAAAAAAAUUGAUAUAUUAUUUUGUGUUAAUAAUGUUCCCAUAUUUUCUCACAAAAGUUUAUAUAACUCUUUUUUUCCCUAUCCAAACAAUAACAACUAUUACAGUAUCCUUCAAAAGUUUAAUAACAUGUCCAAGACAUUACAUAGAAAAGAGGAUAUGGUGAAUUUAUUUCGAGAUUUUAACUUUCUCUUUUUCUUAACCAAUAUUUUUUCCAUUCAAUAUGAUAUCCCUUCUAUUUGCAAGGCAGUGAAUAAUAUGAACAAUUCUACAAGUAUACCUGAUCAGUACAUAAACAUUUUGAAAAACUUAUCAAAAAGUGCAAAUAUGCUUCAGUGA